UAUCAGUGAUAUUGUGGUUGUUCUAAUUUUGUGCGUUAGAGCUAGCAUAAAACCGUCCUAGAUUUUUUUCAUAUUAUAUAGUACAUAUAAAAUUUAAUGUGCAUAAAAGUCAUUUUCUAAAAUACUGUUUUACAAACUGAGUUUACAGUACACCGUGAACAUGUCAACAGUUUUAAAGUAUGUUAAUAAAACGGGUGAAUUUAUCCGCAGGGACUCGCAGUUCAGGAACUGGAUUACAGCUGACGGCUCGAGUGGUUUCAAAGCAGAGACCGGGCGGUACCACCUAUAUGUAUCCCUUGCAUGCCCCUGGGCUCACAGGACACUGAUUGUCCAUAAACUGAAGGGAUUAGAGAACGCCAUAUCUGUCAAUGUUGUAGAUUGGUUCAUGUCAGAAAAAGGCUGGCAUUUCAGCGAUGAGAAACCAAAGAACACAUUAGAUACAGUGAAUGGUUGCAAAUAUAUGAGCGAAAUAUACAGAAAGGCGAAUGCAGAAUACUCGGGCCGUUAUACAGUACCCGUUUUAUGGGAUAAGGAGAAAAACACCAUAGUAAACAAUGAAUCCAGUGAAAUUAUCCGGAUGUUAAACAGUGAAUUUAACAGCUUUUGCCAGACAGACGAACAGAGAAAUUUAGAUUUCUACCCAGAGAGUCUACGAGAUAAAAUAGAAGAACUGAACACAUGGAUUUACCCCAAUAUCAACAAUGGUGUGUACCGGAGCGGGUUCGCUACUAGCCAAGAAGCUUACAAUACUGCUGUAACAGGACUCUUUGAACACCUGGAUAAGGUUGAGGAAAUUCUGUCAAAGCAACGUUAUCUGACAGGUACCACGUUCACAGAGGCAGACAUAAGACUGUUCACAACCCUGGUUAGGUUUGACUGGGUAUAUCAUGGCCAUUUUAAGUGUAACAAGAAAAUGUUGAAGGAAUAUCCGAAUAUCUGGGCUUACACACGUGACAUUUACCAGAUGAAGGGAGUCGCAGACACAGUAGACAAAGAACAUAUCCGAAGACAUUACCAUGAGUCGCACACCAGUAUAAAUCCACACAGAAUCACGCCUAUUGGUGCAGAUCUGGACUUUCUAGAACCACAUGGGAGAGAGAACUUGGGAAAGUAACUAGUGUGUGACAUAACAACUGUAAUUGACUGUUAGCAACUAGAGAGGUAUGUGACAUGACAAAUGUAAUCGACACUUCAUAACUAGUGUGCAUGACGUGACAGCUGUAACAGACUCUUAGCAAAAAGAGCAUUGUGUGACGUGAAAACUGUAAUCGACACAUAAUAACUAGUGUGCGUGACAUGACAACUGUAAUUUAUUCUUGGCAACUGCAGUGGUGUGACUUGACAAUUGUAUUUUUACACUUUUAGCAACUAUUAUAAUUGACAUUACAGCUGUAAAUGACACUUAGUUGCUAGUGCGCGUACGUAAAUUUUUACGUAAAAUACGUAAAUGGUAUGUGUACAUACAACUUCAAGCCAUUAUAUUGUUUUCGGUUAUUUUGCAUCCCCGUUUAGUGUAAUAGGAGAAGCCGGGAAGCUCAAUCCAAACAAGGAGAAAAAAAAACAAGACUCCAGUGAUAGGCCAUAACUUUGAUAAAAUAAACACUAUAACCUUGCAAACAGUAGGCAUAUCGUUACUUUGUAUUUUCAUCCAUGAUUGAAUGACACUUUUACUACGAAAUCGCCCAUGAAUGACAUUCCAAUGUCCACUAUACUUUACUUUACAACUUAAAUUAACGGACACGAAAUCCACGAUAUCCAUGUGCAGUUUCUUAGAUUCUCCUAACCGUCACAAGUUCAAGUUCACUUAUCUGUGCUAUUUACGCAUCCGAUAAUUAAGUCAAGUACGCUAUUUUUAAACGAAAGAUAGUACUGUAUAUAUUUAUAGUUUCUUUUUUUUUCCAUAUCAAUUUACUGUGUUCGAAUAUAUAUAUGUAUAACUGUAAAUAAGUUAUCUUAUCAGAAUUCGCUUCAUAACCACAAUAGUCUUUUGUUUGUGUUUUUGUUUCUUCCUUGGUCUAAAUUAUGUAUCGAUACUACCCACUUUCCCCAAGACAUAAAAGACAUAAACAUAAAUGUGUUUUCAUAAUAUUUAGAUUUAGAUAUUGUUAGACAUUGUCAUUUCAAAACAAUUAUUCAUACCCAUAAUAGAACAUUUUUGUCAUUUUUCUCCGUUCACACGUUAUUACAUAAUACUUGUAUUUUGUAAUCUUUGUCUUAUCUCUAAUAAAAUGUAUGUUCUGUUC